AUGAGCGCUGUGUUUCUCCUGCUCUUGGUGUCCACCGCGAACACCGGCGCCGUGCUGGAAAAGGGUCUGCCGAGACGGGAACCGCGGCGCCUCUCGUGCGUGCGAUGCUGCGGGCCCUCAGAGCAGCCCGUCUCCAUCAUCUCCUCACGAUACACAAGGAUGAGCAGCGACCCUGCCUAUUCGGUACCCAAAGUCCAGCCCACUAUAGAUAUCACCAUCCUCAAAGGUGAGAAGGGUGAAAUGGGAGAGAAAGGGUACCCUGGAGCAGUUGGGAAGGAAGGAGAAAGAGGGCUGCGUGGCUUUAAUGGACGGAAGGGACAGAAAGGCCAGCCUGGUCCCCAAGGCCAUUCCUGCAAGCAGCUUUAUGCUGCUUUCUCAGUGGGUCGGAGAAAACCUCUUCACAGCUCAGACUACUUCCAGCACGUCACUUUUGACACAGAGUUUGUGAACCUCUACAAGCACUUCAACAUGUUCUCGGGGAAGUUCUUCUGCUACGUGGCAGGAAUCUACUACUUCAGCCUCAACGUCCAUACCUGGAAUUUCAAGGAGACCUACCUGCACUUGAUGAAGAACGAGAAGGAGGUGGCCAUCCUCUAUGCCCAGCCCAGUGAUCGGAGCAUCAUGCAGAGCCAGAGCCUGAUGCUGGACCUGCAGGAAGGAGAGGAGGUCUGGGUGAGGAUGUUCAAGCGGGAACGAGAAAAUGCCAUCUAUAGUGAGGAAUCUGAUGUUUACAUCAUCUUCAACGGCCAUUUAAUCAAGCCAGCUGUAGAGUAG